CCCUCGCUCACACACACGCUUGCUGCAGCAGGAGGCACAAAUCCGACUGGUACAGCACCGGAUGGCGGAGGAAAUGAACGUCAAAACAAGCGAUUGAGUUGUGAAUAAGCACGGCAGACACAGAGGUGAAACAUGCGACCGUAAUAGGUUGUUGGCGUCUACGGUUAAUAACCUACUUUAACAGCCCUGUUCCUUUCACUGGGCUUGUCUGGACGACUAAAACUAAACAGGCAGCAUGACGGGAGGAACGAGGGAGUGAAAAGGAAUUGUUACCAUUCCCACACAGUGGGAAACUAAGUAGAGAAAGGGGGUUGGAGGUCAGGUGGUUAAAGCUGCUCUCCAACAGAGAUAAAAACAGACUUGGGGAUGUUCUAGAGCCACACUGAUUCUGCGAAGGACAGAUGCGCAGCGAGAGGAAAGAGGGGUCUGAAUACCAACGACUGCAGAGUAAAGAAGAGACUGGAUACUGUCCUGGGAGAAGACUGAUGGCUGCAAUUAGUGAAUAGAUGGAGGAUAAAUGCUACGAAGCACACUGAAAUGUUUCACACAUUUAAAAUAUUUUGUUAUCUUGGAAACAUAAGCUUGUCAUCUCUGAAAGCCUCUGGGCUCAUGCUUGAAAAACUACAUCUGAUUAUUUUGAUUCACGCUCCAGUUACCAGAACGAAUCAAUGGACUUGGCAUCCUGAACAGAAUAAGCAGCAAACUUCUGUCAAUGGAUAACCAGCUCAACAAUGCCUAAAUCCGAAUCACAAAUAUCACACCCAUACUCAGCUCCACCCCACUCAAAAUCCUCUCGGAGGCCCUCUCCAAAGCAACACUCUCUAAAAGGGGUCCACCCGGAAAUAAACCGGUUAUCUCCUAUUGAACUCAAGCCAAAAGUCACCAGCCCUUCCCUGAGACCCCCUGCCUGCUCUAUGACCCCACAGACUGUAGUCUGGCUGGCCGUGGUGACAUGCUCCUGUGUGUUCUCUGCUCUGCUGGGCCCGGGCGUGUCCGCUGGAGAGACCUGGGGCAUGGUCUCCAUCUGUCCCUUCCACUGUGUGUGCCGAAACCUCUCAGAGUCUCUGAGCACGCUCUGUGUCAACAAGGGCCUGCUGUUCGUCCCUCCUGACAUUGACCGGCGCACAGUGGAGCUCCGUCUGGCUGACAACUUCAUCCUGGAGGUGGGCAGAGUGGACUUCGCCAACAUGUCAGGCCUGGUAGAGCUAACUCUGUCCAGGAACACCAUCCAUGCCCUGAAACCUCUGGCCUUCGCUGACCUUCAGAGCUUGCGUUCACUUCACCUGGACACCAACCGGCUGACCAUGGUGGGGCCAAAAGACCUGUCCGGCCUAACUAACUUGCAGCACCUCAUCAUCAACAACAACCAGCUGACCAACGUCUCCACCGAGGCAUUUGAUGACUUCCUGCAGACGCUGGAGGAUCUGGACCUGUCCUACAACAACCUGAGGAAGGUCCCCUGGGAGGCCAUCCAGAACAUGGCCAGCCUGCACACCCUCAACCUGGACCACAACCUCCUGGACCACAUCGCCGAGGGCUCCUUCGGAGAACUGUACAAGCUGGCUCGUCUCGACAUGACGUCCAACCGGCUGCAGACUCUGCCCCCUGACCCCCUGUUCUCCCGCUCCCAGACAGGCAUGGUCAGCCCUACCCCCUACAACACUGUCAUUAGCCUGAGCUUCGGUGGGAACCCCCUGCACUGUAACUGUGAGCUGCUGUGGCUGAGGCGGCUGAUCCGCGGGGACGACAUGGAGACGUGCGCCACUCCCGUCCACCUGGCUGGGCGCUACUUCUGGUCCAUUCCAGAAGAGGAGUUCACCUGUGAGCCUCCGCUCAUCACGCGCCACUCCAACAAGCUGUGGGUGCUGGAGGGCCAGAGGGCCACGCUGAGGUGCCGUGCCAUUGGAGACCCAGAGCCAAUCAUCCACUGGAUCUCUCCUGACGACCGCAUAGUAGCCAACUCCAGCCGUGUGCACUCCUACUACAACGGCACCCUGGACGUGCUGGUGACCCGUGCCCGUGACGAUGGGGCAUACACCUGCAUUGCCAUCAAUGCUGCCGGGGAGGCUACGGCCCUGAUAGACCUGAAGAUCAUCCCCCUCCCUCACCGCGGCAACAACACUGUCCCCCUAACCAGCCCUCGAGGGGACCCUGGGUCAUCAGAUAUCUCCAGUGGGAGAAGAGGGGCAGGCCGGAAGGGUGGUGGAGGGGUGGUGACUGUCAAGAACGCCACAGAGGGAGAGAGUGGAGAUGGAGAUGCCAGUGAGCAUUUGGUGGGGGUCCUGGGAGCGACUGCCACCUCUGCCCAGGUGCGCUGGGUCUUGGGCCGGGCCACUGGGCCAUACCUGGUGUGGAUGUACCAGAUCCAGUACAACUGCACUGCAGACGACGCCCUGGUGUACAGGAUUCUGCCUCCUACAAGCAACGCGUUCCUGCUAAAGAACCUUGUGUCUGGAGCCGACUACAGCCUUUGUGUCCUGGCCAUCUUUGACGACGGGCUGUCCACCCUGGCCACCACCAAGGUCCUGGGUUGCACCCAAUUCAGCACCAAGGAGGACUUCCCAGAGUGCCGUUCCCUGCAGGCGCACUUCCUGGGCGGCACACUGACAAUCAUGGUGGGCGGGGUCAUCGUGGUGAUGCUGCUGGUGUUCACCGUGGCGAUGAUGGUGAGGCACCGCGUCUGUGGAGACUGCAGAGACGAGGGUCACUACCCUGCCCAUCACCAUGACAACUUCCUGCCCUCCAAGGGAGAAGUGGACGUUUACGCUCAGACCAAUGGGAAUGGGAGAGUGAUGAUGGUGGCUCUGCCCAAAGGCAUUCUUGGCCAAAAGGCUAAGCCCCUGCCAUCGAAAAACAAACCCCAAGCAGAGAACAAGCCCAGGACAACGCUAGACUCUGAUCAGCUCAGUGGAGAGAGAGAGGCUGAGGAGCAGGGCCUGGAGGUGGGCGUGAGGGGGAAAAGAUUCCCCCCUUUCACCCCUGAGAGUGAGAGAGUGACACUGUACUACUCCCCUGCCAACACCUCUCAGACCUUACCCCAUCCCAGAGCUCACAAGGCCCUGAGACACUCAGGCAAGCUCAAGCUGCGCCGCUCUGAGGAGAGAGAGAGAGACUUGGACAAAAUGGUGGGCUCCAGAUGCAGCCUGGACUCUGAGGCCCCGGGGGAGGAGGGGCAGUUGGAUGACUGGAGGAGGGGCGAUCGUCCGCCACUCGGGAGGACACGCAGCUGCUCCUUUGAUGUGGGCGAGAUCACCACAACAACCUGCUACAGCUAUGCCAAGCGACUGAGUGUGAUAUGGACCAGGAGGAGCCAGUCGGUGCACGGCAUGCUGGUCCAGUGCGCCUCAACGGCCAGUUCAGCGAGCAGCAUGGGCAGCGACCAACAGCCCCCUGCUCUCACACAUGGCUACCUGCACGCCUUCAACACCUCCAACUCUAACUCUAACACCAGAGUGGCUGCCAAAGCUGGAAACCUAGAAGAGAGUGUUGUGUAGGGUGGAGAGGAAGAGGAGAGAGGGACAUGGGGACAUAAUGGAAACAGACUGAAACUGACAAAAUGGUGGAUGUAAAAGAUAAGCCAUUUGGCUUUAUAGCUAGAAUCCUUAAUUGAAACAAAGCGUUCUCCCUGCCCGUUUCAGCCAAAAAGCUAAAGGAAUGGGUCUGGAUAAAUGUAACCACUCAAAUUCAUAGAGGUAUGGAUGCGAUGACUAACAAUCCAUGAUAUCAAAUGUAUAGUUUUAACCAUGUUUUAAGGCUAUACAGGGUUUGCUUACAUUUAAUUUACAAAUAUUGGAGUAAAACAUGCUUAUAUUUUGGGUUUCGAAGGGGUACGACAGUUGAACUAAGCUCACGAGGAAUUUAGGUUACAGUGCAUUUGCAAAGUAUUCAGACCCCCUGACUUAUUCCACAUUUUGUUAUAGCCUUGCUCUAAAAUUGAUACAAGUAUUUUUCCCUCCUCAAUCUAUAAAACAAUACCCCAAAAUGACAAUGCAAAAACAGGUUUAGAAAUUUGUGCAAGUUCAUUAAAAAUAAAAAACUUAAAUAUCAUAUUUACAUAAGUAUU